AUGUUCAGAGUAUUCUUGCCCUUGAGGGCGAUCCAUAGUCGACUUCUGGCACCUACCACCGCCUACCUCGAUUCCCGAGGGUUAUACUCCUCCUUAUCCCGCUCGCCUAUUGAAAAACCGAAUGACCUGGGUGCAGAAGACUCCGACAAUGGACCGAGUAGAUUAGUCGUCUUCCUCACGGUCUCUUUCCAUAUCACUAUCGCAUUGUCCGUGACACUUCUCAAUAAAUGGGCGUUGAAUAAUGUACCACUACCUCAAGUCUUGCUAGCUUUCCAGACGGGGACAUGCGUACUUCUAUCUCUUGUGGUCCGGAUAUUUUCACCCGAGUCAGUCGGACCGCUUCUGAUGGAUAUUGGGGAGCUUAAGCGACUCUGGCCAUAUUUGUUCAUGAGGACCGUCGCAGUAGGCAUGAAAGUGUGGUGUUUGAACCUCGUGCCAGCUUCCUUCUACCAAGUGUCAAGAGGUUUACUACUCCCUGUCACUGUAUUCCUCUCGUACAUCUUCCUCGGCAGUAAAAUCUCCUCAUCUAUACUCAAGAGCAUCCUCGUCAUCUGCGCGGGCUUCGUCGUCGGAUCUAUCGCAAAGUACGGAGGAACAAGCUCUCUCGAAUCCUACUCAAACGUCACUCAAGUCGCUUCGGCUUUGUUAGACCUUGGCUUCAUCCUCGGAAUCGCUUCAACCUUCACUACCGCAGCUGAAACGAUCGUUGUCAAGGUCCAUGCCCCUAAGCUGUCCAUCCUUAGAGCGGUAUAUACAACAUCUCUUGUUGGAUUUAUCACUUUCGCGAGUCUCUCCUUCUUCUCCGGCGGGUUUGCAGAAUUAUCAACUCUCCUGUCUCGCACCCAAUCCAACAGUACCACUAUUUUCAGCUCAAUCGGCAUAUCCAGUGUAGCAUACUAUCUCGUAUCCAUCGCUGCCGUCUUGCAAAUCACAGUCACCACGCCCGUCACCCAUACCAUAUCCACUGCUGUACGAGGGGUCCUUCAAAGCCUGCUCGCCGUUGUUCUACUCCCCAACGAACAGCUCUCGACUUGGCAAGUGAUCAGUAUCUCUUUCAUCCUCCUAGGAUCGAUAAGGUAUACGUGGAUCAAGGAAAAGGAGAAAAGGGAAAAAGAGGUCCAAACCGCCAAGACCGAUCCGGAAAAGGGGUCAGGGGUGGUAUAG